AUGGUGAGACCUCCUUGUAGUGACAAGCCAAAUGUGAAAUGGUCAGCAGAGGAAGAUGCAAAGAUACUUGAACAUGUAUCAAAAAGAGCAGGUCUUAGAAGAUGUGGGAAAAGUUGCAAGCUUAGAUGGACUAAUAAUCACCUGAGGCCUGAUCUCAUUAAGCAUGAUCAGAUCAGCUUCACACCUAAAGAAGAAGAAUUAAUUAUCAAACUUCAUGCAACCAUUGGCAGCAGGUGGCCUCUGAUUGCACAACAACUUCCAGGCCGGACAGACGAGGAUGUGAAGAACUACUGGAACACAAAGCUGAGAAAGAAGCUCUCUGGAAUGGGAAUUGAUCCAGUUACUCACAAGCCUUACUCUCAAAUCCUGGCUGAUUAUGGAAACAUUGGUGGCGUCCCAAAGUCCGGCAUGAGAAUUGGUUCCCUCAACAAAGACUUGAAGAAUGCAAUCCUCAUGAAAAGAGAAGCAUUUUCAACCCCAAACACAAAACCAAAUUUGGUCUCACCCAAAACUGAGCCAAACCAAGACAGCAACUUUCUUAACCACAGAAACCAGUCACUUGACCUUCUUGCUCAGCUCCAAGCCAUAAAGUUGGUCACUGAGGCCUCAAACUAUCCGCCGCCCGGUUUGAUUAGCAAAGAACCCGCAUUUUCAUUUUCUUUUGCAUUCUCACCCUCAUCCUCACCAGUUUCCUCCUCUUCUGAUUAUUCAACUUGCUCCUCUGCUGCCCAAGAGUUGCCCCCUCUUGCCUUCAACUGGAAUGACUUUCUUCUUGAAGACGCGUUUCUACCGAGUGAUGAAGCUCAAGGAGAUGCAAAAGUCGCCGAGUUUUCGCCUCGGAAUCUAGUACCAGAAAGCCAUAUCCACACGACUUCACAGGACGUUGAGGGACCUAAAGAUGGUGCUGGGGAUCAUACGGUGUUAAGCAAUGAUCAUGAAGUGAACGAGACGUCUUCGUGUGAGACUUCUUUUGUGGAGGCAUUGCUUGCUAGAGAGAAUGAGAUGUUGCUGGAGUUUCCUGAACUUCUUGAAGAGGCGUUUUACUAA